ACAGAGAAAACCACCGGUCUGAAUAUUCAGGCAAUAUGCCCGAAGGCCCGGAAUUAUGUCUGGCCUCUCGAUUUGUAACCAAAAUCGGUGCCAAACACGUGUUUGGAGGCCAAAUCGUAAAGUCUGAAGUGAGCCACAAAAAUCCCGAGGUGCCUUUUCAGGCUCAAAAAUACAAAAUAUGGGCCGAAAGUCGUGGAAAAGAGAUGAAGGUCUUCCUGGAGGAGGUGAGCCAGAAGAAAUCGAAUCGUUUGCACGUGUUAUUUCGCUUUGGCAUGUCUGGCUGCUUCAAGUUCACCAAGCUAGCCGAGUUGCCCAAGCACGCCCAUCUGCGGUUCUUCACCGUGGACCGGAAACACGUGCUGUCCUUCGUGGACUACCGUCGCUUUGGGCGAUGGGAGAUCAACGGAGAUUGGGGCAAGGAUCGAGGUCCGGACGCCGUCCGCGAAUACCAGGAGUUUCGCUCUCACAUCUUGGGUAACUUGAAGCACGUCGCAUUCAACAAACCUAUUUGCGAGGUGCUCAUGAACCAGAAGUUCUUCAACGGCAUCGGCAACUAUCUCCGAGCCGAGAUCUUGUUCAGGGGAGGCGUUCCACCGUUUGAUCCGGCCAGGGAGGUCCUGGAAUCUCUCUCCAUGAAACAGGAUCCGAGUAUUAAGAUCAAAUUUGAGAAGCCCGAUAUCUUGGAGUUGUGCCACACCAUCCAAAAAGAGGUCCUCUCCUUGGGCGGAGGAAAAGGGUACGACGUGGAAAAUAACGCCGAGGAUCAGGCCGUGUUCAUGAAUUGGCUUCAAUGUUAUUACCAAGAUGGGAUGACCAAUCUGGUGGACUCGAAUAAACGCACCGUUUGGUUCUCGGGACAUCCGGGAAAAUUGGCGCCCAAAAACGGAAUCUCACGGGGCAAAGUGGGCAGUCAAAAACCGCCCACGCCCGUCAAGAUAAAAAAGACUAUGAAAGUAAAAAUCGAAACCGAUCACGACUACUCGCCCAAAAAACUACGCUCAAGGACUAAAAAAUGACGUCUAAAUUGGGUA